GGGCACAGAGAGAGCAGCACUGGCACCACAUCCACCCCUGUGCUGCCCGUAUAUAUUGCACCCCACAGUGCCACUUCAAACCACUGGCACAGGCAGGGACUGACAUUUCCUUUUCAUCGCAUUCCAUCCCGGUUCAUCAUGGCCACUGACCACCCCACCCCUGUGGCUAAGCAGCAGCAGCCGGGCCCUACUGCAUUCAAGUUGGCCAUCUUUGAGCAAGAGAACUUCCAGGGCCGUUGCCAUGAGCUGACCGGGCCGUGCCCCAACCUGCAAGAGGCAGGAGUCGAAAGAGUGGGCUCCAUCCUGGUCUACUGUGGCCCAUGGGUUGGCUAUGAGCAGGCAGGCUGCAAAGGGGAGCAGUACAUCUUUGAGAAGGGGGAGUACCCUCGCUGGGACUGCUGGACCAACAGCAGACGCAGCGACAACCUCUUCUCCUUCCGCCCCAUCAAAGUGGACAGCCUGGACCAUAAGAUCGUCCUGUAUGAAGGUCCCGGUUAUGCCGGCAAGAAGAUUGAAAUUGUUGAUGAUGACGUCCCCAGUUUCCACGCAUACGGCUACCAGGAGAAGGUGUCAUCAGUGCGCGUCCACAGUGGCAUAUGGGUGGGUUAUCAGUACCCCGGUUACCGUGGCUACCAGUACCUAUUUGAGAAGGGCGAGUACAAGGACCACUCCGAGUUUGGUGCCCAGGCCCCCCAGAUCCAGUCCGUGCGCCGCGUGCGCGACAUGCAGUGGCACCAGAAGGGGGCGUUCCAUGCCUCCACUUAAAAAAGCAAACCCCCUCGCUCUCUCCCUGCACCACCUGCCACGCCUGAACGCCUCGUCUCGUCCGCCAACAGCCACCUCGCACACGCCCGCCCUCUGCCCACUCCUCACACAUCUGUGCCCACUGCAACUGUGCCAGUGCCACCCUGCAACUGUUCAAACAAAUAAAUUAUUGUGCUUCUCAAA